UUAAAUCUUAUGGAAAUCAUGUCUACAGAAAAAAAUUUUCCGGUCCAAUCUAGAGCUGAAAUUGAUAUAAUUGGCGACAAUACCAACAAAGCAAUUCAAAGAACCCAAAGUUUCACUUCAAAAUUUAUUCCUCAAUUAACAAAAAAUUCAACAAAAUUGGAUGCCAUGUGUACAGAAUUAAUUAUUGAACCAACAGAGCAAAUAAAUAAAUCUUUGGAUUCUGCAGAAAUUGUUGAAUUGAGUGAGAGCAAAUCUAACGAGUCUGGGGAACAACAAGAAGAAAAUUGUGGGGAACCCGAACUUUCUGUGCAUGCCCAAUACAUACUUUUAGAGGCGUUGAAUAAUUUAAAAAAGAUUUUGGGGGAAAUGGCUCAAGAACAUAAACAUCCUAUUCAUCAUUUAAUUUCUCGUUGUGGGAAAUCAAUUGACAACAAAUUUUAUUCUGACCUCAGUAAAUUACUCAAAAGCGAAAAAGAAAUUGAGACAGAUCCAGAAAACUUGGCACAUGCAAAUCGUUUGAUAUUGGAGCAUUUGAUUGGUUUGGGACGGACAGAUGAAUCGGAUUCUUCACUUUCAAUGCCAGACAUUUCAAAUUCUGAAACUUUAAGAGAGAUUAUGUCAGCCUUUAAGCAAUUUAACUAUCUUCCAGCUAUAGAAUGGCUUAAAGACUGUGCUCCAGAGAAGAAAGAUUUACUUUUUCGUUUACAAUGUCAACAUAUUAUUCGGCUACUCGAAACAAGUGAUAAAAUGGCAGCUUUAAAAUAUGUACGUGAACUACAAUCUUUUCCUUUUGAGGACUACAAAGAAGAAUUGUCACAUUUGAUGUUUGUUGUAAUUUCAUACCCUCAAAAGGGUCCAUAUGAAUAUUUAUUUCAUUCUGGCCGUUGGUUUGGGUUAGAAGAGGAAUUGGCACAAGCCUUAACUGAUUAUCGAAGUUCCUUGACUGCAAUCCUCUCAGCUGGUGCAAAAACUGUUCCCUCCCUUUUAACAAUGCGUGCAUUUCUUUCUUCAGCCCGUCCAGGAAGUACGUCAACAUUGUCUGAUGAAUUACCUUGUAAUGUCCCUAUCCCUGAACAAGUUCAUUCUUCUUUUUGUUGUCCAAUAUUAAAAGUGCAGAGUACAGAAACGAAUCCACCUGUUAGGCUUUGUUGUGGACACGUAAUAAGUAUGGAUGCAAUGAAUAAAUUGGCACAACAAAGCAGAAAUAAUCGUUUAAAAUGCCCUUAUUGUCCAUUGGAAUCUGUUCUACAAGAAACAAAAGUUUUACAUUUUUGAGAUUUUAUAGAUAUAAGUUAUAUCUGUAUUUUUUUGGAUAUCCUAUCUCCCCUAGUUUGAGUUAUAAGGGUUUCCUUGAGGAAAACUUUUUUGAUUUUUAUUAGUGUCUCUCAUUUGUAACAGGGAAAUGGAGCGAAAUUGGGGAAUUAAGAAACUCUUUAACUUGUGUAAGAGGCUCAAAAUGGUCAACCAAACCUAUGGGUUGGAUUAAAACUUUCGCUCGGGGUUUUACAAGCAUCUCGCUUUGCGACACGUGUCUCACGGGAGUCAUUGGUUGCUCGGGCGACUUA